AUUGUAAUUAACUAAUUAUAUUGAACAUGUUUAGUUAAAACUAAAGAUGAACUAUGACGGGACGGAAUCCUUGUACCAUUCAGCCGGAAACCUCCCUCUCCUCUCCUUGUCCGGAAAAGAAAAGAGGGAAGAAAAUCAAUUAAAAAGGGGGGCAAUUUUCCGACAUGAAACCCUGCAGAGCGCUUCCCGUCGAGUUUCUUGCUUCAGCGCAUUUCAACAGAGAACUAGAAGGGCCGAAAUCUGCUCUGCGAAUCGCGCGGCACCGUUGUGGAGGAGGUCAAGAUGAAAUCGGCACCGCGGCGGAACACCCUGGCCGGGUACCUGGACCAGCUGGCCGACUCGGAGAAGCACAAGGCGCGGGCGAGGGAGGCGGCGCUGGAAGGCAUGGUCCAGGAGCUGGCCAGAAUGCUGAAGCGGGACGAGGAGUUCCUCGACUCGAAUCGGAUGAGCUUGGUGGACCAGUGCCUCCGCGUCGUCAAAAAGGGGCGGUCGGCGGCGGAGCUCUUGAUGGCGGCGCGUGCGAUUGGGCUGGUGGCGAUGAUCCUCGAUGACAUGGACGCUGCUCACGAGAUCUAUCGCGAUUCCGCCCCGAAGCUGUUUGACGCUGUGAAAUCGAGCAGCUCCAAGUUGAAGCCGCCCGCUCAGGUCCUCGAGUGCUUGGCUGUCCUCACUUUCUUCGGAGGAUAUCUCUCGGAGCACAGGCUGGAAUCAAUGGCCAUGAUUUGGGCCUGCUUUUUCCACGAUUCUAGUGACGAUGGCCAAGGGAAGAAGAAAGAGCAUUCACCAGAACUUGUUGCAGCUGCCGUAUCAUCUUGGUGCUUCAUUCUGUCCAGCGAUCAUUGUGGUAUCAGCCGAGCCCACUGGCUAACAGCAAUUCCUUGCUUCUUCCAUCUUCUGGGCCACGACAACGAAUCCGUCGUCCUUGCAGCAGCCGAGGCACUAGCUCUCGUCUUCGAGAUUGAUUCGCUCAUGAGUGUUCCCAACUCUGCUGCUGUGGACGAUAACGGUGGAGCACGAGGAGAGUCGUCAUCGUCUUCAUCUUCUUCAUCAUCUCACCCAUCCAAACACGACAUUGCUAAAAAACUGAACGAGAGGAUGCUUGCGAUGGAAGCAACCGAUGAUGAAGAGGGAAAAGAGCAACAAGAGAACAUCGCGGCUUCCAGGCUAGCGUUGGUGGCUAGGUUCUUCGAAGAAGGCAGCUCUUGCAAGAGUUUGGAGGUGACGAGGAAGGAGGGCGUGAUGUUGACAACGUGGUCGGAGAGGUCGCAGAUGGCAUUUCUAGAGGGAUUUCUAGGAAGAGAAACGUUAGCAGAGCACAUCAAGGUGAACAAGCAGCUGCAGAGUAUGUUCAAGUCGAAGAUUGCGGCGAAGAAGAAGCUGGUGGGUGAGAAGCCGACGGUUAUGGCCUAUGACGUAGAGAGGGAAGAAGUGAAGUCUUGUCUUCUUUACAAGCCAGAACUGAAGUGGAAGCCCGACGAGGAUGGCUCGCUAUAUACCGAGGGGAGCAAGCAAAGGCUGAUCCAGAAGAAACUCACCCAAUCGCCUGCGUCUUGGUUGAGCAAGGCGAGGACUCAGCACAUGAAGAAGCUGCGCCAAGUAGCAGCUACUGACCGCAGCAAGAACGUAAUGGAUCCCGACUACGACUAACUCCACAAACUGACCCCAAAACUCCUGCACCUUUCUUUCCUUUCCAGUUUCAAUUUUUUUUUUGUGUUAAGCUGUUAGUUUCUUUUUGUUUCCUUAUCCAUAUUAAUUUAUGCAUUGAUUGAUUAUUUUUAUCAGCAAGUAACUAGUCGUUUAGAAUUAUAACGAUAAUCUACGACUUCUGAGCUCAGUUCAGAGUAGCAAAACACAUAAUGGACAUAUGCCUGAGGAAUGCCGAAUGUACAGAUGUCAUAACCAAACAAGAUUUACAUGGCUAAAAUCAAAUCCUAACUCCUGAUUUCCUAAUAAGCACCACAGAUAAGAAGACUGGAAAAGAUGAGCACGAACUCGGAUCAGUGUAACCAUCUUAGCCCCCAAGGAUGAAGGCUUUGCAAAUUGUCCGUUUCUCGUCCCAUGAUCACCUGGCCAGAGGCCUCGAUCCUGCACCAACAAAGGAGAUACAUACAUUGCUUGGUCGCUUCAUGUUCCUGCAGAACUUGCUACCGCACUUGCACUGA